UGGUCCCACCAUGAGGCUCCAGCCAAAAUCAUGAAGGAAGAAAGAGAAACAAAAAAAAAAAGUCUCAAUAAACAAGGUCAGUCCUCCACACUUCACCAGAUGGCUCUAUGCUCAGACAGCUUCGAGCGUUUAGGGCCCAGUGAGACUCAAAGCCCACUAGAAACAGUUCUUCGUUUGGUCAACAUGUGACAGUCUGCGCUCAGGAGCGGAAGUGGCCCUGGAUCACUUCAUGCAGAGAUCAUUGAGUCUCUGAGCUGCCAGGUAACUGAUACUCAGACUCGGUGGCGCCGGAGCGUCUCAGCCCAGCCGCGGACGUGAGAAAAACCACAGCCCGGCCUCUAUUAACCUCAAUUACAACGACCAUCAAGUUUCUAUCGUUCCGUCGAGAUCCCAUUGCAUAUGCAAAUAAACACGUGUGUCCCUCAUAUAAAGCUGCCAGGAGUCACCGAGGGGCAGCAACACACAUACACACACACACCUUAAGAUCACUGCUUGGAUAAUUAGAAAAUGGCAAACUUCUCUGUAGAGUGGCUUGCCAGAAGUUGUUACGAAGAGACGACCCCUCAUUCAGAAGUCCAUAAGGAAACGGAGGGAUUUAAGACCUCGAGAAGCCAAUGCACUCCAACUUCUCCAAACAGACGGCUGAGGACCAAGUUCACCUCGGAGCAGGUCGGCCGACUGGAGGGCACCUUCAGCAAGCACAAGUACCUGGGUGCUGUGCAGAGGAGGAAGAUCGCUGAGAAGCUGAGCCUGUCCGAGACUCAGGUGAAAACGUGGUUCCAGAACCGGAGGAUGAAGCUGAAGCGGGAGGUCCAGGAUCAGCGCGCAGACUUCCUGUCGGUCCCGGCCUCCCUGCUGCCUCCUCUGCUCCUUCAGCACCCCGUCCUGAGCGGACAGCUCCCCGCGGCCCGCAGCGGCUUCUAUCCGCAGCUGCAGCCGCUGCACAGAGCCGCCCUGCCGGCUGCAGCUCUGCACCACCCGGUCCUCAUGGCUCCACUCUACUACUGAGCUCUGUCUGCCCUCUGACAGAUGUUUGUCUAGAAUCUAGAUAUAUUUUACAGUGCUCUCUUUUAAAGAGAGGUUUUAAAAUGUAUAUUAAAGUCUAAAGCA